AUGAAUGUUCGAUCAGUACCUGUUGCGCCAACGAAUGGCAGCGUUUCGUCAACACUGCCCCAUCCAAUCACUGUCCACUUUGUCGCUGAUUGGUGGAGACAUAAGUGUAAGGUUCUACUAGGCAUGCGCCACUGCAAAUCAAUUCGUCAUCCCACUUUGCAUGCAUACGCCGACUUCGCUUCUUAUUUUGGUCUUGAUGAGAAUCAGGAUUAUAUUGAUAUGGCUUCACACAACAGCUUUGACAAUCAAGCUUCUGCUUUACUAGAUAGACAUCAACAAUCUCCUAACGCACAACCCCCUCCUUCCUCUUCUCCUAAUUUUCUUGGCGCGGGAUCCUCUCCCAUCGUUUUUUCCCAGCCAGCUUUAAAUUUGAAUCUCCUGCGGUCCAUGGAUGAUAACCCCAAUUCCCCACCCAUUCCUCCUCAUCAAACUGCGUCAAUAGGGUCCGCCUUGACAACCGUCGGGGCCGUUCUAAGAUCUGCAGUCCCUCCGACCAAUUCCGCAGGUUGCGUCCUCAUUGACAGGCAACCACAACCCAUAGAGGCGGUUCAGAAUCUCGUAUCUCAACUACGAGAGGAGAUAGCCAUUCGAGACGCUCAGAUUGCCCGUUUAACGGGAGAGGUCAAGAGUCUACGACGGUUAGUUGGUGAUCGAAAUCGUGAUGUAGAUCAGUUGAGAUCAGUUCUGGAUCAGAAGUAUAUUCCUGCGAAUAGUACCAAUCAUGCUUCUACUGCAGAUCCUAUUAUUGAUGGUAAUAUAACUACCGGCGUUAUUAAUGAAUUCGUGGAUUAUGGAGAGGGGAGAUCCAUCCAAAUUCCCUUGGUGCCUUCCCCUCAACCCCAAGUCCAGGGGCCACCUGCACGCAUAAAAAAACAGGGCGUUUGUGGUGAAAGUGUCUCCCGAAAUGCUAAUAUUGGAUUUGUUCAUUACGAAAAGGAUCACAACAAGUCUCGGCACGUCACAACUCGUCUCUUUUAUCUUGGCACGAUUGUAGUUCGCAUUCGAGGCGCUAAAUUGGACUGCAUUCAUAGAAAGGAAUUUGAUAUGCAAAUGGGCAAUCGCGUCUGUUUUGUCCAUUUGAGCAAAUGCUUGUUCUGGGGACACGAUUCGAUUUGGGGAGGGGCUUCUGUACAGAUGAUCUUUGCUGAUGAAAAGAGGAAAGUAACUUUGGAAGUUACAGUCUUUUGA